UUGCGGCGCCAAACAAAAAAAGCUCAAAAAAUCAAAUCAAUGGCGGGAAUCGAUCAAAAGAAGCAACUUCUAACCCUAAUUCGCGAUUGUGCCUCCGAGAAAUCACAAGGAGAGAGAAGAGUGAUCGGAUUAAAGAAGAGAUUGGUAGAGAUCAGAACUGAAAUGGAAACAGAAAAUGCGGAGCUUGAAGCAUCUAAACGAUUAAAAGAAACUAUUGAGCAACAGCUUAAAGGCUUCGAAGUUGAAUUGGCUUUAAAUGUUGCUUUUAUUCAAUCUCUGGAGGCAAGAGUUUGUCAGAUUCAAGAUGAAAUAUCAUCUAUUGGAUCGGAAGUGGACGGUUUAAAGAAUGAAGAAAGAACCUCACGAGACGAGUUUAUCGAGCAGAUGGUUAAGCUCGGCACCAGGAUAAGGAGAUUCCAGGAGAAAAUAGCAUCUGAAUUCCAGAAAGAGAAUAGUAUUGGAACUACAGCAGAAACAGAAAAUACAGUUGAAUCUGAUUCAAGAAUUCUUGCGGAUAUGCUUGACCAAAUUGUUUCUCAAACAACUAAAGAGGAACAAGAAUACCUAGUCGAACAGAUAAUUCAAAAGCAGGUCCAGCAGGAAUACGUUGAUCUUCAGGAGAAGGUUUCUUUGAUGGGGAUGAUAAUGAAAGAAACAAAGGCGCUGCAAGAUUUGACUAGAUAUCCUUGAGACUUUUAUAUCGUUCCUGUUGAUCAGUCAUGAUUUCACCAUAUUUCACUGAAAUGAGUAGAGAAGAAAAGAGAAGGGAAUACGCAGUGCCCCAGCUUGUAUGUUCUUAACAACUGAUCCUAAAUGAUUUGGGAGCACUGUCAUAAAGUAAGCUGCACAAAAUGAGCACGGCCUUGCACUUUACAAAAGAGCUAAGAUUCCAUCCUUUAAUUAACCUCCCACUUCAGAAGUAUUCUUGGUAAAGAAGUGGAAGCUUAUAACAAGUUAAUGUCAAAAUGCUUGUGAAAUAGUAUUAUCUAUAUCUAAGCUGUCAAAAAGUGCGAAGGUCUGAGAUGCACUACCUUUUUCUUGUAGAAAAUGCAACAAUUUAAUGGGAGUGCUUUGCCGGCUUUACUGAUUAAUAUUUUGGCCUUUUCAUGCAACUUAUGAUAACUGCCAAAAAUUUCUUUGACUGGAAACAAGCAGACUUCUGAAUUGGAACAGGCUUGUUCUUCUCUCGGUGAGGAGUUGCAGAAGAGAUGUGCUUGUCCCAGCUGUCACAUAGUUAAUGUGGAGUCCCUUAGUGGGAUUCUUCAGGAAAAUGAUGCCAUUUGAUCUAUUGUGAGUAUUCUAAUUGCUAUUGCUACAUUUCUAGAGCUGGCAUAGUUAAAUCUGCCCUGCACAAUUGCACUUGAGGAUCCUGGUAUUUUUUGGCGCUUAUCUUGAUUUUGGAUGGCCUCAACGACACUGGAAAGCUAUGAUUACAAAUCCGUGUGUUCUAUCAAAGAUUUUUGUCAAAUCAUAAUUGUGGAUAAGUCACCUUAAAGAUUUUUGCAUUUGAAAUUUCAGUAUGCAUAUCCAGCAGUAUUCCAGCCACUUAGGACUUGUUAAAACAUUACCCCACUCUCUCAUCACC